AUGUGGAAAGCAGAUCUGCUAUUGAGCUCUUUGUCUCUAUGUCUGUGGCUCUUCUUGAAGCUUGGCGCAGCGGAACAGUCCACGGCCGUGAAUAGCAAUCUCGACAGCGAUAACUGGCAAUGGGUCGACAAAGGUCUCUGUUACAGCCUGGAAUUCCAGCUCUUCAAAGUCACAGCACUACCUGAACAGCUGCCCUGUCACGUUUAUUGCUUUUCAGAAGCGAUCAUCUUCCAGACAUGGUUUCAAGCAAUGAGGCAACUAUACACCUCCCGGCUUUUUGUCUGCAGCGUUGGAUGGGAGAGUCUCCACUGGGCUUGGACUACUGACCCUAAGUCUCAAGCUAGAGCUAGCUCAUCAAAAACGGAUUACGAAGAUUCUGAGCCAGAUAGCGAAUCAUUUGAUACGAUCAGCGGAAAUCAGUUGAGCAAGCGCGGGAGUAAGUCUGAUGGCGCAAAAUGCGCACUCGAGAUCAUGCAGACCCUCAUCUACAAUCGUCUUCUCUUACACGUUGCGGAUCUUGUCACCUUGUCGGCUGAAGUUCUUCAACUCACGAGGAGGCACCCUAGCUACAUUGGCCGCGGAUGUGCUCCUGCCUAUCGAAUGAAUGCAGCAAACUCGACGACGUGUAUUCUUCCAGUGGAUGCUACAGCUUCGAAGACGGAGAGGCUCAUUGAACCGAAUUUAUCCUUUUGUAAAUGCAGCUUGGCUCUCAACUUUGAUCGCAUCUUGCAAAUGGGACACUUUGGGUACCAAUAUCAAGAUAAGAUACAGUCUAUGUGUCUGGCAGAAAGUUUCGCACACGACAUCGCAAACUUACCUAGAGGCUGGUCACUAGACAAAGUACACGGAACUUGGGGUCAUGCUGCAGAUUUGGUUGCUUCCACGCAUCGUACAGGCUUUGUGUGCAAGCCUGAAACCUUGAUGUAUCGAUCGCCAACAGACCAAUGUUCAGGAUUACAUCCGGAGGAAGAAGGUUGGUCGGAAUUAUUGUGUCAAGAAUCUUUGAAGCUUAUGUUGGCAACUCAGGCAGCCGAGAAAGAUGCGGAACUCGACAAUUCCAAACGUAAGAAUGGUUAUCCUGAUUCUUCUGACAGUUGCAGAGGUCCAAAAAAACCAAGAACAUUCUUAUAG